CCGAGCUGAACUGGCACAACGAACACAAGUUGGUUGCGACAUUUAGGUUAGGUCACGGACGAAGCAACCUCCGUCCACCCCCAUCACACAAGAUGAGAAACCGCACUCGGAGGCACAUGAGAGAUGGCGUUCGAGCUCGCCACCCCAGCAAUAUCUCCACGUGUCGGCACUUGCAUGACGGCCGGACAAGCGUAUGCUCCAAAAGCCAAACCCAACCACAACAGCGAGAAGAUCCAGGAGAUUCCGCCGGCACAAGACGGCAACGAGGAGAUCGCUUAAGGUCCCAGAUCCGCAAGCGACAAUCCACUCGGAUCAAAAGCCGACAAGGCAGCGGACAGAGUCCCGGAGCUUGUACAACACAAAAUACAAACGACAACUGGUCAUCAUCAACAUGGAGCGGAAACAACGGAAAGAGAUGGUUGAGAGACACAGGUCUACCGGUGACCCUCGCGAGUUUGCCGCCUUUCUCCUACCGUUUAUCCCACCGGUAGAGCUGGGCGAAUGGCAGUGGGAUGACGGAGUCCAGCGUUGGUGGCGCGAAGACAAGACAACGGGCGCCAGACUAUGGGUACCUGUCGAGGACGCCUUUCUCUGAUUUUACGGACCAUCUUUUGAGGCUCAGGUCCCUGAUUUCGUGGAAACUUUAUCCCAUAUUGAGGCAUACUCAUUUCAUACACUGUCUACCUACGGUCUUACAAGAGGUCUAUUCCGGACGAUUGUCUAAGACGGCUGGGA